AUGUCAUACAGUGAACGUGUGCAGCUAAGAGGCCUUCAAAGAGAACUGGAUGAGUUUCUGCAAAUGGAAGAGUUUGCAGCACUCACAAAAGAAUUAAAUGUAUGCAGAGAGCAUCUCCUGGAAAGAGAGGAAGAAAUUUCUGAACUGAAAGCAGAAAGAAAUAACACUCGGCUACUUUUAGAACACCUCGAAUGUCUCGUUUCCAGACACGAACGAUCACUCAGAAUGACAGUGGUAAAGAGGCAAGCUCAAUCACCUGCAGGAGUUUCGAGUGAAGUAGAAGUUCUGAAAGCACUCAAAUCGUUAUUUGAACACCACAAAGCUUUAGAUGAAAAGUCUGAUCCUUCCCUUUCUUCUGAAGAUUCUACUGUUAUGGAAGCUAAACUGAUGGAACUGAGCUCCAUGCUUAGGAAGGCUGAAGAAAGGCAUGGAAAUAUUGAAGAAAGGUUACGACAGUUGGAGGCACAGCUUGAAGAAAAGAAUCAAGAAUUACAACGAGCUCGGCAGAGGGAAAAGAUGAAUGAAGAACAUAAUAAGCGUUUAUCGGACACAGUAGAUAAACUGCUGUCAGAAUCCAAUGAAAGACUUCAACUUCAUCUAAAGGAAAGAAUGGCUGCAUUAGAGGAAAAGAAUUCCCUUAUCCGAGAGCUUGAAAAUACCAAGCAGCUAAUUGAAGAAACGCACCAUGAAAAGAAUAAAUUGUUAGCUGAGAAUGAUCAAUGGAGAGCGAAAGCUGCUUCUUUCGGAGAUACUCUGCAUCACAGCAGGUCACAUUUAGGUAGUCCCUCUGAUUUUAGGUACCCAGUAGCAUCUACAUCAGAGGUAGACAAACACCCAGACCAAUACAGCGGUGCAUCAGUAUUACGUAGAACUCAGAAGGGCCGCUUAGCAGCUUUAAGAGAUGAACCUUCAAAGGUCCAGACAUUGAAUGAGCAAGAAUGGGAGCGUGCGCAGCAAGCUAGUGUCUUGGCAAAUGUAGCCCAGGCCUUUGAGAGUGAUGCUGAAGUAUCCGAUGCAGAAGAUGAUAGAGAGACAAUAUUCAGCUCUGUUGAUCUGCUGUCACCAAGUGGUCAGGCAGAUGCCCAAACUUUGGCUAUGAUGCUUCAAGAACAGUUGGAUGCCAUCAAUAAUGAAAUACGGCUGAUCCAAGAAGAAAAGGAGUCAACACAGCAGAGGGCAGAAGAGAUUGAGAGCCGAGUUGGAAGUGGUAGCCUUGAUGGUCUGAAUCUCUGCCGAUACAGAGGGGGUACACUUCCUGCCUCGUUUACGGGUUCGUCUCUUGCCGGUUCCUCUCCACCUGGAAGCGGACACUCUACGCCAAGACGAUCCCCUCGAAAUCCUGCUCAUGAGAUUGACAGGCUUGGCGUCAUGACCCUGCCUAGUGAUUUAAGGAAGCAUCGUAGGAAGCUAGCAAAAGAGGAUACACGGGAAGACAAAACGACAAUAAAAUGUGAAACAUCACCACCCUCCACACCAAGGUCCAUUCGAUUGGACAGAGUGAACCAAGGUGCCUCUCACACCAUCAGUCAGGAGGAUAUUCGGGACAUAAGAAGUUCAACUGGGUCACAGGAUGGUCAAGUCAGCAAUCCCAGUAGCAGCAACAGCAGCCAAGAUUCUCUUCACAAAGCCCCCAAAAAGAAAAGUAUAAAGUCAUCUUUUGGGCGCCUGUUUGGUAAGAAAGAGAAAGGUCGGCUUGGGCAGCCCAGCAAAGAUCUCUCAGGGCAAGGUACUAAGGUUGGUUAUCAGCCUCUGAACAGCGACUCGGAGUUGCCAUGCGUCCUUAAGUCUGCCUUGGAGGACAUUUAUCCGAAGCUCCAAGGCAGAAUGUUCUUGACCGCGAAAGUGUUCCAGUCUGACGAUUAUGGCACAAGUGCUGCCUCCUUUGAUGAUGUCGAGCAGCUGGCUCCAGCGUAUCAGAAAACGAAGCCGGUCGAAGCUGCCAGUGCAAGUACAAGCAGCAUCCGUUCCAAGUUUGAGAACAUUGCCAAAGCGAAGGAGGAGGAGGAUAGAAAGAAGGCAGAGGAAGAGAGAGCUCGCCGUCGGGCCAGCGAGAAACUAGAGCAGGAGGAAGCCAAAAGGAAAUUGGAGGAACCCCCUGUACAGGAAGAGGCUGUCUAUGAAGCAGAACCCACCUAUAGUAGUGAUGAGCCACACUACCAAGAGACAACAUAUGAACAAGAAGCGGUUUAUCAGAUGCCAGAUGAAAGUCAAGGUUACCAAAGAGAUGAGCCCACUUAUGCAGAAUACGGAAAUGAGUAUGGGAUCACAGCUGUAGCAUUGUAUGACUACCAGGCUGAUGGCGAUGAUGAAAUUUCAUUUGAUCCCGAUGACAUCAUCACCAACAUUGAGAUGAUUGACGAAGGAUGGUGGCGAGGGGAAUGCCGAGGCAGAUAUGGUCUUUUUCCAGCUAACUACGUUGAACUGAAACAAUGUUUGCAGGCACGCCAGUCAUUGGAGAGAGAAUUUAACAACCUCUUGGCACUUGGAACAGACCGGAGACUAGAUGAUGAGGAUGAAAAGGGUUUCAGAAGAGCACCUUCUUGGAGAAAAAAGUUCCGACCAAAGGACGUAAGGGGUAUGACACCUGGAUCAGCAGAGACGUUACCUGCUAAUUUUAGAGUUACCUCAACAGCGUCUUCACCCUCCAUGCAGCCAAAGAAGAUGCAAACCGAUGGCAAUAUUUCUGGAGAGCCAAGAAUGGAUUCCACUACAGUACGAACCUAUUCAUGUUAAUUUUGGUUCACACGCGCUAUUUCAACUGAUGACUGCCCAGCGUUCAAAGCCUUCAUGCAGUAAUUGUACAUCACGUGAAUUGCUGAGAAAGCUGGGAAAUCUGUGGUGUGGCAAUAUGUCUAACUUGGACUUAAUAUUUUAAUACAGAGAUUUAAACUAGUUGAACCACAACUCAUGAGUACUCUAGAUUUAAAAUUUUAGAAUAAAUGUUUCUUACAUUUAUGUAAACCUGUUUCAAUAUUGAUUUAUUGUAGAUCUGGCACCUAGCUUUAAUCACGUACCCUUGCUUAGAAUGCAUUUUAUAACUAUGUACAAUUCUUUCUUAAAUCAGUUUUCUUUACUCUUAAUCAUGUUUUUUUUUCUCAAGGAAAUGUAUCAUAUGUCUGUAUGUAUUCAUCCCUAUGAGAAUUGUGGGGGGUUUGUAAAUCAUUGUGUAAUUACUACAAAUAUUCAGAUUUUUUUUAUAAAGUUGAGGACAAAAAAGUGGGUGUAAUGGCAUUUUCAUGCUCUUUUCCCAAAAGAAACUGCAUGCUGACAGCACCAAGUGUGUUAAUGUUGUAGUUAGUCUGAAGUCUGUAAUUAAAUCCUUUUUUUUUAAGAAACUAUCAGUUCUCAUCUUUUAAAUUGUAAAUGCUUGUCCAUUUUUUCAGUAUGACUAAUAAUGAAUAGAUGGGCAGGAGAAGAGGUAAAGCCAUAUAUAUAGGACUAUUGAGGAAUAGGUGGGAUGAAUGCAAGAGGACAACCUCUUGUUAUAACUCCAAUGCUAUUUCCUCCCUAAUUUUUUUAAGUAAAGGCUGGUUUAACCUUUUAGUGGACCAAUAUCAAUGACUGGUGUCAAUUAAGACUAUUCAACUUAGAAGUGUAAGAAGUGGGGUUCUUUAAAAAUAAAUAAAAUUAAAGCCUUAUUUAUUUUUCUUGAAAUAUGGUUUGCUUUUUUUGCAACCCUUUGCUAAUCUAUAGAUACUGUGCAUAUUCCUUUUUAAAAGGUGACCCAUAAAUAGGAGAGCGAAGAAAUGUUGUCAUGGCUUUAUAAAGAGUGUUCAGUAUUUUUGAGUAACCCACCAAUGUGUCAGCUGCAGUUUGUUGGUAUUAUAGUGAGUUAUGUAUUGUGUACCAACACAUUGUAAAUCUGUCCAAAGUGGUCAAUUUUUAAUGUACGUUGGCCUGAAUAAUGUACUGUUAUUUGUCCAAUAUUUUGCGGUUCUGAGUUUUUCUCUGCCUUCUUGUAACAAAUUAUGUACAGUCUAUACAAUACUUUGAACUAUUUUUAUCACGUAUUUAUUGCUUUCUUUCAAUAAAAUACUUACUUUUAUUUUCCACUGCCAAUAAACAAAUAAAAAGAAAACCACAGUUUUCAAUGUGUGGGACUUA